AUGGGACGAAUACAAAUUGUUUAUUCUCCUGAUGAAAAUGUAUCUGGACGAACUAACCGUCCUGGUAAAGAGGUAGUGGAUCCACGUACUGGUAGAAUAAUCAAAGUGAAACGAGAAACGCCAGAUGAUUACUUGAAUGUAUUAAAACCCAUCAAAGGUCCAAAGCGUAUGGAAUUUAAUCCAUAUCUUCCUAAAACACUUACUCCAAAAGGAUAUGCUAAGUUUAAACUAAUGAUGAAUGUUGCAAGUAAACAAUAUGAAACACUAGUUAAACGUUUAAAAACUGAACGGACACUUUGGGAAGAUCCUGACUUUCCAGCUAAUGAUAAAGCCAUUGGGAAUCUGCCAGAUUUCAGAGAGAGAAUUGAAUGGAAAAGACCACAUGAAAUUAAUCCAAAUGCUAAAUUUUUCGCUGCUGGAGCAAGUCGUUUCGAUAUUGAACAAGGGGCACUUGGUGACUGCUGGUUACUUGCAGUAGUGGCUUCCAUAUCAGGAUACCCACAGCUAUUUGAUCAAGUGGUGCCUAAAGAUCAAGAAUUGAAAGGACCAGAAUAUGUUGGUGUUGUACGUUUUCGAUUUUGGCGUUUUGGCCAUUGGGUGGAAGUGCUUAUAGAUGAUCGUCUUCCAGUUCGUCAAGGACGUAAUACACUCGUUUUUAUGCAUUCUAAUGAUCCCACGGAAUUCUGGUCAGCUCUGUUGGAAAAAGCUUAUGCAAAAUUGAAUGGUUGUUAUGCUCAUCUGAGUGGAGGAUCACAAAGUGAAGCUAUGGAAGAUUUAACUGGUGGAAUCUGUUUAUCUCUUGAACUGAACCAAAAAGAACGUCCAAGUGAUCUUAUAGAUCAGCUUAAAAUUUAUGCUCAACGUUGUUGCCUUAUGGGUUGUAGUAUUGAUUCAUCAGUAAUGGAACAAAAAAUGGAUAAUGGACUUAUAGGUAGUCACGCAUACAGUUUAACAGGUGUAUAUCCCGUCAACUACCGAGGUCGCACUCAAUGGUUAAUGCGUUUACGUAAUCCAUGGGGUGACAGUCAUGAAUGGAAAGGUGCAUGGUGUGAUGGUUCACCUCAAUGGCGUGAAAUAAGUGAACAAGAAAAGAAAAAUAUGAACUUGAGCUUCACUGCAGAUGGAGAAUUUUGGAUGUCAUAUGAAGAUUUUGUGACUUGUUUUUCACGAGUUGAAGUAUGUCAUUUAGGUCUUGAAAGUUUAGAGUAUAAUCAAAAUUUCCAUGGGAAAAGAAGAUUAGACGAAGCUAUAUUUUCUGGUCAAUGGCAACGUAACGUUAAUGCUGGUGGUUGUAUUAAUAAUCGCACUACCUAUUGGACGAAUCCACAAUUUCGUAUCACAGUUGAAGAUCCAGAUCCUGAUGACGAUGAUAAUAAGUGUUCAGUGCUCAUUGGUUUAAUGCAAACAGAUAUCAGGAAGAAAGUUGGAGCAGAUUUUCAACCUAUAGGUUUUAUGGUUUAUAAUGCACCUGAUGAUUUAAACACUUUAUUAUCACGUGCACAACUUUUAACUAGAUCUCCAAUAGCUAAAUCACAAUUUAUUAAUACACGUGAAGUUACUGCACAAUUUCGUGUACCACCAGGAUCAUAUGUUGUUAUUCCGAGUACAUUCGAUCCAAAUAUUGAAGUAAAUUUUAUAUUACGUGUAUUUUCACAAACAUCUAUUAUAGAACAAGAACUUGAUGAAGACAAUACUAACCAAGGUCUACCAGAUGAUGUGAUUGAAGCUUUGAAAUUAGAAGAUACUUUGUUAGAUGAAGAUCAAGAAAUUGAACAGAAAUUUUUAGCUAUCCGUGAUCCAAAAACUAAUGCUAUAAACGCUGUUAAAUUGGGUGAACUUUUAAAUAAUAGUACAUUACAAGAUAUCCCUAACUUCCAAGGAUUUAAUAAAGAAUUAUGUCGUAGUAUGGUUGCAUCUGUAGAUAAUAACUUAACAGGUCAUGUUGAAUUAAACGAAUUUAUGGAUCUUUGGAUACAAGCUAAAGGAUGGAAACAUAUUUUUAUAAAACAUGAUGUUGAUCAAAGUGGUUAUUUCAGUGCAUAUGAAUUUCGUGAAGCAUUGAAUGAUGCAGGUUAUCAUGUGAGUAAUCGAUUAAUCAAUGCUAUUAUAAAUCGAUAUCAAGAUCCUGGCACAGAUAAAAUAAGUUUUGAAGAUUUUAUGUUGUGCAUGGUACGACUUAAAACUGCCUUUGAAACAAUUGAAGCACAUCCGAAAAAUAUUGAAGGCACAUCACUUUUCAGUGCUGAAGACUAUCUACGAUUUUCAGUUUAUAUCUGA